CGACGAACAAACGCGUUCCAGGAGCAUCUGAGCUUAGCCGCCCCGCUGUGCGCAGGUUGGCUUUUCUCGCGCUGGCAACCCGGGUCGCAGUCCAGAGGAGUCGACGUGGGUUGUUUACCAACUCCAGCGGCAACCAGUCCUACCUUACUCAGGCUCACGGAAUUCCCACAACGAACAAGAAAGAAGCAAGUGAAACAACGCACCAUUGUCGCGACUUGAAGUACCCCAAAGUAACCACUACAUCAACAGGUGUCGAAUUCCGCAUCCGUUGAAAAUGCCCCUAGUCCUGAACGAACUCCAUCCUCCCGUCUUCUCAGAUGGGACACCAGAUUUUUACCCAACAGUCUAUAAAUCCCCUCGUGCACCUGCUGGUGGUUAUGUUGAAUGCGAUCCUUCACGCGUGCAGAAAUAUUUGGACAAGCUCUCUAUUGCUUUGAAAGACGCCUACAUACAAAGCCCAGAAAAGAUACCAGGCGUGGAUAUGGCCGAGGUUAUAAGACAUGGUGGAGUAGCCUUCAAGAACAAUGUAUUCUUGAGGCGCUUUCCCGACCAUUACAGAAUGUUUGAGAGUCGAAAGCCGGAACAUAUGCCUGGAAGUACUCCAAGUACACCUGCUGCCUCCUCGGCUCCAUCUCCCGCUGUAGGCUCUUCAACUGGCGCGAACGGUGGAACUACUAUUGACGUGGAAAGUGAAGGGUCCUUGGCGGCAGCUGCGAAAACGGAGGCGGUAUCUACAGAGGAGGACCCUAGUAAAUCACGACUGCCAAAAAGCGAAAAGUUUCGGGCGGAUGCUUUCAUUUUUGGUCACCCCAGCGGAUCAAAGUAUCGAUCUACAAAUGAGUUUACACCACAUUUGCUGUGGUUAGUGAAUGACGAUUCACAUGACCAUCGCAAUUGCCCAUGCAAGCUCUGUUCCAAUUUCCUCAAGUCUGGCGGCCCAUCGAACAGGAAAUGCUUCCCGAAAGGAAAAGGCACAUCACUAGGUCCCGUCACACCUUCCACUUCUCUUAAAUCCCGUUCUCAAUCCGUCAAACACGAUAUCGAACCCAGUCCCCUUACAAUCGCUUCUGUCUCGCGCACUGCAUCCCCGCUAGUGCUACCCGAAGCAAAGAAACAGACGCCAAGAAUAGAUGACGUGUGGGAGAUGGAUUACAAAAGUUCUGCACGGACAUCACCAAAUCCUGCUUCUCGCGACGGGACAGAUUCAGACGACGAGGGGGCUAGCAUCAAAGCUCGUAAAACGAAACAUAAAAGGUCAAAAGAGAGCGGCGUAUACUCUGACGCAAAGUAUAAAAAAAAGUAUCGUGAGUUGAAGAGAAAGAUUCAUGAAAUUGAGGAGGAAAACUCAAAAAUGAUAGAAGAGUACGAUGUUACGAAAAAGCGUCUUUCGCGAUUGCGGUUUGAGCGGGGUCUCUUAUACGAGCGACUGCAAUUCGUACAUCAAGGUAGCAUACCUAAGGAACCUUUAUCGAAAGAAUCCUCACCUCCAAGUAGUCCAUCCUCCGACACCGAACAAGAACCGAUCCCACCUCCAUCUACUAUCAAAAAACCAGUGAAGCGAAAAGAAAAGAAGCCAAUCGAUCCAAACGCGCCGCGACGGCCCGCAAAUGCCUUUAUGCUAUUUUGUGACUUGAGUCGUGAGCAGUUAAAAAAGGAGCGUGAAGGGUUAGAGGAGGCCGAAAUUGAGGAAAAAGGAUUGACAAAUCUCACAAAGGCCCUGGGUGCAAGAUGGAAAGGCUUGGGCGAGGAGGAGAAAGGACGAUGGCGAGCGUUGUUCUUGGAACAGGUACAGCGUUAUGAUCGCGAGAUGCUCGAAUAUCAAGGUGGGGGAAGCGGACGGGACGAUACGACGCUUGGGGUGGAUCGGAUGGGUGUAGGUGUUCCAUCUUCUCCCGCCCUUGUACCAAAUGAGGGGGCAAGGGAAGGCGAGGACGAGGUGCUAGAUGAGGAACCAUUAGGAAGUGAGCUUGAAAGUGCAGCGGAGAAGGAGGAUCUGAUGGAAGGGGUGGAGGUUGUGAGCUGAUGCGAUAGAGACGGAGGUGCUUUGUAUAGUUGAGAUCUCGUCCUUUUAGUGGGUAUUUUGCCGUGUAAUUUUUUGACCACCUCUUUUUUUUGUACAAACAUGUUUGUAAAGACCUUGA